AUGGCACCAGGAAGCAAGGCAGAGAAAAAAGCAGCAUUGGAUGCUGGGGCAUGGAUGUUCAAUGUUGUAACUUCGGUUGGCAUAAUCAUGGUCAACAAGGCCUUAAUGGCUACACAUGGUUUUAGCUUUGCCACAACAUUGACUGGGAUGCAUUUUGCAACUACCACUUUGAUGACAUUGGUAAUGAAAUGGUUAGGAUACGUUCAGCCAUCUCAUUUACCUCUGUCGGAGCUAGUAAAGUUUGUAUUUUUUGCAAACCUAUCAAUUGUUGGGAUGAAUGUUAGCUUGAUGUGGAACUCUGUUGGCUUUUAUCAGAUUGCGAAGCUAUCUAUUAUUCCACUUCUAUGCAUUAUGGAGGUCCUGUUCGAAAAUUUCCGUUACUCGAGGGAUACAAAGCUUAGUAUAGUGGUUGUCCUUGUAGGUGUGGGAGUGUGUACAGUUUCUGAUGUCAGUGUAAAUGCGCAAGGAUUGGUAGCUGCCGUAAUAGCAGUUUGCGGCACUGCAUUACAACAGCAUUAUGUCAAUUACCUUCAACGGAAGUACUCUCUCAACUCACUCAAACUCUUGGGUCACACUGCACCAGCUCAAGCAGCUUCACUGUUGAUAUUAGGCCCAUUCGUGGACUUCUGGCUUACCAGGAAUAGAAUCGACACUUUUCACUACACCAGCACAGUGACGUUCUUCAUUGUGCUGUCAUGCGUUAUUUCAGUUGGGACCAAUCUCAGCCAAUUCAUAUGCAUUGGGAGAUUCACCGCCGUCACGUUUCAAGUGAUCGGACACAUGAAGACAAUUCUCGUGCUAACCCUGGGAUUUCUGUUGUUCGGGAAAGAAGGCCUGAAUUUCCAUGUGGCGUUUGGGAUGAUCCUCGCCAUUGUUGGGAUGAUAUGGUACAGCAGCGCGUCUUCGAAACCCGGAGGCAAGGAGCGGCAGGGUCUGGCGAGCGAGAAGGCCCAGAAGUCGCCACAGUCGGAGCUGGACGAUAAACCAGUAGUCAUUAGAGCAACUCUAGCAGAAGUCAGCCAUAUGGGCAGCCUCCAUAUCGCAGAUGAAGAGGAAAGACGUGACGGAUGGAUUCGUCAGCGGGGCCUAGUUGCGGCCACGGCCACCACCUCCAUGGUGAUCAUUGCCGCAGCUGUCGGGGGAGGGGUAAAGGGGGAUGCGACAAUGCAUGCCGCGAUGCCCCGGAAGAUGGCCUCGAUGCGCUCAUCUCAUAGCGGCCAUGCUUCCGCGAUGGUGGUGGUGGCAUUGUGGGUCUCGAUGCCUUGGAAGAUGGCUUUAGCGCACUCGUCCCAGGCCGGCCAUGCUUUCGCGGUGGGGGUGGGCGCAUGCGCACGGUCCCUAAUCCGCCACUCCCUUUUCGCCUCAUCCCUUGUGAACUCAGCAAAGGCCCACUUCCAGCUGCUCCCAGAAAGGGGCUAA